AUGUCGCACGAGAUGGAGAUCCCCGGGACGGUUAAACUCGUUGAUGUGGACCAUACAAUGGAAACUCGCCAUGCGAGUAAAAAUGGAGAUAUCGUUCUGGAUCCAACGCCAUCAAGUGACCCGAACGAUCCCCUCAACUGGUCUCCGCGCCGCAAACUGCUGUCGCUGAUCUGCCAGAAUCUAUACACCUGGUUCACGGGUAUCGCGGUGUCGACUGUUUAUUCUGUCCUUGUUCCUCUCUCAGAGGCAACGGGAGUAUCAACGGACACCUUGAAUCAAGGAACAGGAUACAUGUUCUUAUUCCUAGGUUGGAGUUUACUAUUCUGGCAGCCAUUUUCUUUGCGAUUUGGUAAACGUCUUACGUUUUUGAUUUCUAUCCUUGGAGGCAUUGGCACAUCGAUCUGGAGUGCAUAUGUAAAAACCAAUGGCGAAUGGAUAGCAAAGUGCAUCCUGAUGGGCUUUUUCAUUUCCCCAAUCGAAGCUCUUCCAGAAAUUUGUGUAACUGAUCUGUAUUUCACACAUGAACGAGGUACUUAUAUGGGCAUUUAUGCCUUGACCUUGGCAGGAAGUAAUUACUUUGCUCCGGUGAUAUGUGGAUUCAUCGCUGAGUACCAGGGAUGGAGAUGGGUAUUCUACUGGCCUGCUAUUUUCUUAGGGGCGACUUUUGUUUUUCUAGCCUUGUUCAUGGAAGAGACCAAUUACAAUCGGAAUACUGUGGCGAUGUCUCGAGAAGAACCUACAACCGGAGAAAAAUCAACCCCGGCCCCUCGGAUUACAGAAGGACAACAAAUCGACAAUGCACCAAAGUCAUUCGUUGCAAAAAUGUCAAUCGUAACAGCUAAUCCUGGUCAAAACAUGUUUAAACAUGCACUUCAAAGCCUGCGUUAUCUGGGCUGGCCGGUCAUCUUCUAUGCAGGAUUUUCAUACGGAUCUUAUCUGAUCUGGUUCAAUGUCCUCAACGCGACAGCAUCUAUUAUUCUGUCAGCUGCGCCCUACAAUUUUUCACCUUCGAUAGUUGGACUAAGUUACCUGUCAUGCUGCAUUGGCGUUAUCAUUGCAUCUCUUAUAUCUGGUAGGCUGAGCGACUGGCUAACCAUCAAGCUUGCGCGCCGUAACAAUGGCAUUAUGGAAGCCGAACAUCGCUUAUGGCCAUUUUCUAUUUGCGUGAUUGUAGUGCCAGCGUCUCUUAUACUUUGGGGUGUCGGAGCUCAGCAUGGAGUGCAUUGGUUUGGACUGAUAUUUGGAAUGGGCUCUCUGGCUUUUGUAUCGACAAUGGGCGUCACAUUGAGUGUCAACUACCUCAUUGACAGUUAUCAUGACAUUAGCACCGAUGGAAUCGUCACUGUUAUUCUCGUUCGCAAUACGAUGUCAUUUGCCAUCUCAUAUGGAAUCACACCCUGGUUGACAAAUCUCGGAUACCAAAACUGCUUCAUCUCGGCUGCAUUUAUUGGCAUGCUAGCUUCGUUAGUUUUCUUGGUGAUGAUCAAGUAUGGAAAAUUCUUGAGAACUAAAAGUGCUACUACAUACUGGAUGAUGGUCAACCGUGAUAAAGGCUGCGAGCACAAAUGA